CAAGUAUUCAAAUAAGUGUAAUACAGCACUGAUUAUAAAAUCAGUUUGAUUUUUUAAUGUCACCCGACAAAAUGGCUUCAAACGAACCAAAAAAUAAAUUAAAAAAGAAGGAAGAUAAGCUCAAUCCAUUUAAUUGCUCUAUAACGUACAUCAAUCAACUACCCGAUCCGGCAGUUGGCUGCAAAUUUCUGCCAUGUGGCAAAACCUUAAUGGAUUUUACGGAGGAGCCCGUUUCCUUUCCCCAGCUGGAAACCCAGUUUAGCUAUCAAUUUAAGGGUCUUCACCUGUUGUUCGAUAUCGAUCUGAUCAAUCAGAACUAUGGCCCGUUCACUGGAGAGCCAACUGAAAUGGAUGCCAAGGACGCUGCAUUGUUGGCUGACAUUGAGGCGCUGAAUAUUAAUAAUCCAAAGUCAAAGGUAUUACAUAGCUUUCCCACACGUGCACAGGAAUGCCGUGAACUCUUUGCCAAGGAGCGCUCCGCUGUGCCACGUCCACGAACAGGUCUACAACGCCUACAGCCGGAGACGGAGCAACUGGAGCUGGAGUCGUUCAGUGUGGAACAACAGAAGCAGAUUGUACAGCAGACAUUUGUGGACAUAGAAAAGCCAUUGUGUUCCCAUCCCACCAAGUCGGGUAGCAAUGCUAGACCCAUUGCGCAGCUACCCGUGUUCCCAGAAGCCCAUUUCGCACAAUACGAUCUAGUGCAAGUGCAUUUUGGCAUACCACCCAGCGGCAAUAGCAAUGGCUUGCUCAAGGACUGUGGCAAUUACUUUGUUAACUUUAAGCUAAAGCCUGAUCCGCUCUUUCAACAGAUUCAGCAAACACAUGGCCAGAAUCUGCUCACUUAUCUCUCCGAACAGCGCUACAAAGAGGAGCGCACAGCCGACAGCUCCGAUCGUGGCGAAAGAUUCAUGUUGCGGGAGAAGGAUGGCAGUUUCUACUAUCAAAUUGUCAAUAAGCAUAUCAAGCUGCGCAAGGAGCGACCAAGUCCCCAGUCUGUUGCCAAUGUCUGUCUGUUGGUUAAGCGCACUAAGGAAGUUCAGCAACAGCUUAACAAGAUAUAAUUGCUGCGACAUUAAUCAAGUCAUGAUUUUUGUUUAACUGUGCCUCAGCUUUAAAUUAAUAUAAUAAUAAUAA